GAUCAAGGCGGUGACGUGAUCAAGCCACACCACACCACCACACCACAUCAAGCCACUGAAGUUCAGCCACCGGGUUCAGCCACUGAAGGCUGAAGCGAUUGAGUUCUAGCCACGUGUGGACAUGCAAAAACACAAGGCUACAAAGCAGCCAACCUUUGUCGAGGACAACAUCGUGAAAGGACAUUGUGUCCGCAACGCCCAUCCUUAUUUCUUCUCUGCACAUAUUGACACACAUCUUGUUGAAGCUCUGAGCUUCACCCCGUCUUACAAUGAAUACACUCUUCAACACAGCUCUCAAACAGUCCACUUCUCUCAAACGGGACCUCUCAUCAACCCCUUCCGGCCAGCCUCUAUCUCCCUCAUUUCUCGGCCAGAUUUCCGCCUCUCUGACAUCCUUCUCACGAACCCUUGACUCAUACGCCGACCUCAUAAAAUCAGAGCUGAACCCCUCGAAAAAAGAAAAGGCCGAAGAACGUUUGAAAACGUUCAGAUCCGAACUGCAAUCCUUCCGAGAAGAAUUCAAGGAACUAAAAUUGCAGAAUGAAGAUGCGCAAUCUUCUGUCAAUAGACAAGAGCUGCUAGGAAGGAGACCGCAUAAUACUGCUACACCCGAUAAUCCCUAUUCGAAUACUGCGGCCUCCACGAGUCCGAGUAUGCAUUCACCAUGGGCGCCCAAAGAGUCAGCUGGUAGUUUGAGCAUGCAAUCGGGAGAUGUAACGAGGGAAGCGCAUGCUUUCAGGGAGCAGAAUUUCUUUCAGAAUACCCACACGGCAUUAGACGAGUAUUUGGCCAGAGGACAGGCAGUACUAGGAGAUCUGGGACAGCAGAGGGAGAUCCUGAAGGGAACGCAAAAGAGGCUGUACAGUGUGGCAAAUACACUGGGUGUGAGUGGAGAUACGAUUCGAAUGAUUGAACGAAGAGCGAAGCAGGACAAGUGGAUCUUUUGGGCAGGAGUGGUUAUCUUCUUCCUGUUUUGCUGGCUGGUGCUGCAUUAUUUGAGGUGAUGAAAGUCUUCUGAGCAAGCAUACUCGUGUACGAUGUGCAUUGGUUUGAUAGCGAGGCGUUCGGCGUGCAUUGGGAAUGAAAGAUUAUUUGCUGAGUAUGUACAGAAUUCUUGCAUAUUAUCUCAUUCCCCAGAGUCUCAUAUUACCUCUCCGCUUUGUCCAGGUAUCAUAUCUCAUUAACGUCUCCUCAUCCUUCCCAUUUGAAAUCUCCCUCU